AUGGCUGACGGACAGCCCCCAAAGUUGAACACCAAUCUCGGCACACAUGAACAAGAUUCUUCCAGCGACGAGCAUUUCUCGGAUGCCCCAGAGCAGAAAGCUCCCAUCGACCGAUCGAAGGGCAAUUCGCCCAUACCCAUAACUCGAGUGGAGCGAGUCGACGACCAACCGAGCCAUGGUGAAGUGCCCGGAACACCAGCAUACGACCUACGUACCAAGGAUGCAGUCCCUGAUGAGGUGGAGAUUGUCCCAGACGGCUUGAGGAGCAGAAGCGCAUCAAGAGUGCUCCCUGAAGAUCGUCCGUUGACUCCCGGUGGAUCACCUAUCCCUGUCACCAUAGUAGAGAGGGUAGAUGAUGAACCUGCGCACGGUGAGGUACCCGGGACUGCAGCUCACGAACUGCGUAAGAUGGAUGCAGCGCCAGAUAUCGUACUGAAGGCACCAGUGACACAGAAGCGUGACGACGAGCAGCCUCCAAAUGAGUUCGAUGAAACUACUGUACCGCCGAAUGGUCUACCAGACGGUGAAGGCGAAGAUAGCAACGAGGGAAUGGAGGAGGACAAUGAUGAUGGCUUUGGUGACGAUUUUGAUGAUUUUGAACAAGGCGAGGAAGGUGCUGAUGAUGAUUUUGGCGAUUUUGAUGAUGGCUUUCAAGACGGCGCAGAUCAGCAGGAUAGUGCAUUACACACCCCGGUCCAGACAGCCAGAACAUUUGCACCACUCCCGUCUUCCGUUCCUCCUAUACUCGACUUUAAUGACUACUCAACGCUCAUAGAGGUGCAAGAAGCUACCCAGCCCUACGUGGCGAGUAUAUUUCCCAGUUUAAAAGACCUUCCAGAAUCAACGACAGCUUCAGAAGACGCAAACUCAAUAUUCUUGUCAGAACGCAGUCUCUCAUUGUGGUCGCAACUGGUUGCGCCACCACCGUUGCAGCCACCGAAUUGGGUACGAUCUCGUAUUCGUCGCCUGUUUCUUGUCUCGCUCGGCGUCCCUGUGGAUCUCGACGAGAUACUACCAGCGAGUAAACAAAAGAAAUUAAUUCUUCCGUCCAUGAAGAUAUCCGCAGACAGGUCACCACGACCAUCAGAUGACCGUGCGAAUGGCGCGAUCGAGCGUCUGAAGAAGGGCGAGAAUGCUUCUAGCACAUCCGUCGACUCGUCGUCAUCAAAACCAGGCCGUCCAGGCAGUAAGCGCAGAGGACCCCCACCAGCGCCUGAGCUGGACAUCAGUUCGACGACCAUAUUGUGUUCUACCACCGAAAUAGCAUUGAACAACUUCACAGAUGCGGAAUUGAGGGCACACGUGAAAAGAUUAAAGGCACUGACCCUGCAGGCAGAGGAAGUCCUUCAAUACUGGACAAAGCGGGUGGAUAGUGCAAUAGGGGAUAAGGAGGCUUUCGAGGGCGUCAUUGAGAACCUCGUCAAGCAUGCCAAAAAGGUCCGGAACUGA